CGUGACGUCACGUGGCGCGAUCAUCCCAGAGAGCGCGUCUAGACACGAUUAGGGGUUAGAUGUCAAGAUUUCUCGAGAAACCCGUUUUCAGGAGCGUCGGUUGGCGUUAAAAUAGCGGAUUGACGGAUUUGACAUUCGUUGGCGAGAUAUCAACUGUUAUUCGAGGGCCUGGGUGAGAGGAGCGACAAAGGUUGAAUUUUGGCUUGUAUUUAGUCUAUGUUCGACUUUGUAUCUCGUUGGGAUACACGCAAGGGGCAAAGAGAUAACCCAGGGACGCUGAGGCGGGCGCGGGCCUGGAAGCGAGUUUGUGUGAGUAAAGGAGUGAGUAAAAGAUCCCCACGCAGGCAGUGGGAUGAGCGGGUCCAAGUCCAGACCGACAACCAAUCGAGCUGGUCGAGUUGGGAGAAUGGGUCCGAAGUGAGCAAGCCACCACACACCAGUUGUCAGUUGCCAGCCGGUGGCCGAAGGAGCUGGAGCGUCUCGUCGUCACCGGGGACUUUUGUUCCUAGAACGGAACAUGCGGCUGAAGAGUCUGCGAAGGGCUCGCUGAGGGAAGAGAGGGCAGAAAAGACAGGCUCCGAUGAGAGCGAAGGACCGGCGGCAUGUCCUCCGUGUUUUCCAAGCUCGUAGACGGGACGUCCGCCAGGUGCGGCGUCCGGCAGGAGGUCCUUACCAAGGGGAUCGUUGGAGUUGCCACCACGCUGUACUUCUUGAAGCUCGGCUAUCCUUACUUGGCAGCUGGACUGAAGGCGAGGGGCAAGAAAGAUGCAGCUGACGACUGUGGGAAUGGCAGUGCUAGGAGUAAUGGAAGUCUCGGAAGAGUCGAGUCGAACUGUGGGAAAGAUGGCAAGAAGAGGGCGAAGGCUAGGGAGAUCGCCGUUGGAUUGGAUAAGGCAUUCUUGAUGCAGCUUGUCAAUUUGUUGAAGAUUAUGGUUCCUGGAUGGAAGUCCAGGGAGUCUGGACUACUGGCCUGCGCUACUGUUACUCUGUUGGCCAGGACUUUCCUUUCAGUUUAUGUGGCCACCUUGGAAGGACAAAUCGUCAAACGGAUCGUUCUGAGGGAUGUGCGGGGAUUCUUUCAUAUGCUUGCCAGGUGGUUCGCCAUCGCGUUCCCUGCCACCUUUGUCAAUUCUGCUAUUAGAUAUUUGGAGGGACGGCUGGCGCUUAGUUUUAGGGAACGACUGGUGGAGUAUGCUUACAAGAUGUACUUGAGUCAUCAGACCUACUAUAGAGUAUCCGCCCUGGACACGCGUCUGGGAGGCGCAGAGCAAAGACUGACAGAUGACUUGUCGGAACUGGCCAGCUCUGUUGCGCACCUGUAUUCCAGUUUGACGAAACCCUUGCUGGAUUGUACAUUGGUUGGCAUCGCCCUUGCAUCGUUCUCAUCUAGAAUGGGAGCGAGAACUAUUCCAGGGCCUUUGUUGGCUACGGUUGUCAUCAUGAUAACGGGCCAAGUGCUACGUCUGGCCUCCCCACGUUUCGGUCAGCUGGUCGCCGAAGAGGCUACGCGACGUGGUCGCCUCCGAGAGGCACAUGCUCGUAUAAGUGCUCACGCUGAGGAGAUCGCCUUCUAUGGUGGACAUCUCAAGGAGCAUCGUUACUUGAACACAGCUUACAGGUCUCUUGUAGCCCAUCUACAUAAAAUAAUCACCGUCAAAUUGUGGUACGUCAUGCUGGAACAGCUGUUGAUGAAGUACGUGUGGUCUGGCACCGGCCUCCUGGUUAUCGCAUUGCCUCUCCUCUACAAGGCUCCCAGCUCCUUGUCCUCCAGGUCGUCGAAUGACGAUGUCGAUGCUGACGGAGAUGGUGGCGUGAGCGAGAGAACGAGAUAUCUCACCACCUCGAAGAAUCUUUUGAGCUCUGGUGCGGAUGCUGUCGAGAGGCUCAUGUCUUCCUACAAGGAGCUCGUUGCACUUGCUGGCUACGCAGCAAGGGUCAACGAGAUGUUUGACGUCUUCAAGGACGCUGCCCUCUGCAAGUACCGGAGGAACGUCGUCCUCACUAGUCAUUCGCAAGUAUCCAACGGCGACGUUCCUCGCCUAGCUGAUAACGUGAUCGAGUUUCGAAAUGGCACGCCCGUAAUAAAAGGCAUCGUGCGGGAAAGUACCGACGGCAGUAUCAGCUUGAUCGACGUGCCGAUAGUCACUCCUAACUGCGAAGUUAUCGUACCUAGCUUGACGAUACACAUCAAGCCUGGCGACCACCUGCUGAUCACGGGUCCCAACGGCUGCGGGAAGAGCUCCCUCUUCCGGAUCGUCUCCGGCCUGUGGCCGGUCUACGGCGGCACCCUGGUGAGACCCGGGGAGACCUGCAGCUUCGAGAAUGGCAGGCCCACCCUCUUCUACAUCCCGCAAAAGCCGUACAUGACGGUGGGCUGUCUGCGGGACCAGAUCACGUAUCCAGCAGAAUCUAGGAAGGAGGAAUGCUCCGACGAGGACCUUUUACGUCUCCUGGACCUGGUGGAUCUGCGGUGUCUGGCCGAGAGGGAGCCGGAGGGACUCGACGCCUUCGGGGAUUGGGACUCGACCCUCUCGGGGGGAGAGAAGCAGAGGCUCGCCAUGACCAGGCUUUUUUAUCACGCCCCCCAGUACGCCCUCCUGGACGAGUGCACCAGCGCCGUCAGCCUGGAGGCCGAGGGCACCAUCUACGAGAACGCCAAGAGGAGGGGCAUCACCCUCCUCACCGUCACCCACAGGGUCUGCUCCCUGGCCAGGUUUCACAGGCUCUUGCUCAGAUUCGACGGAGAGGGCGGGUGGUCCUAUGGACCCCUAGACCUGGAGAACGGCGACCCGGUCGACCUGGCCAGGAGUGUCGAACAGCCCGAGGAACAGGAGAAGGACCCCAAGGAGGGACAUUAUCGCAGGCUACAGGAACUUCGCGAUAUACUCAGCGAAGAUACGCAUGUGGGAAUUAGCUGAGAGAGAGAGAAACGUGCCUCUUGACCCCUCUUUUAGAUACCAAUGCAAUUCGGCGAGAAUCGAUCGUUCGAAUAUUGUAUAUAUACUUUUUUCCCGAGCACCUGUACGCCUGCUGUAUUGUACUAAGGAAAGAUGAUAUAUACAUACGACUUCUCAAUUAAAAGUAUAUAUUUUUCUAUUUCUAUCUUGGUAGAUCAUUAGAUUCUUGCUUCGAACUGGCAUCGUUGAGUCUUCGACACUGAUCAUGUUAACCACCGUAGCGAAUUUUUUAUACGACCUAGCAAUUAUUCAAUAUGUUAAUGCACAGCUCACCGACUCACUGAAUUGUAAGGAAAUCGUGUACCUUUAUUUUGUACAUUCUUUUUCUUUUAUAUUGAAUUUGGUAGGAGGAGUUACCGGCCUGGGGCGGUCUCUUCCUUACCGAUGAAAUCGUCCAGUAAAGUGGCGCACUCUCGGCUCUUCGUUCUAAUGAAAAAUUUCCCUUGCUUGGACGAAAUGUGCAGUGUUUUUGAGUUUGGUCAUUGUAUAUAAGAGAUAAGGCAUUGUUUGAGAAUUAUGCGACAGGAUAAUCGAUGCAUGGAUAGUCAUUGACUGAUUAGAGGCGAGAUGAUAGGCAGUGCUCGAAUUAUUUGCACUAUAAUUUGUUUUUAGCUGAUCAUGCGAGCAAUUUGUUAUUCAAGUUUUGGAAUAUUCCAGCUUCGUUUAUAGUGCGCUCUUUAAACAGUUUUAUUUUUUAUCUUCAACUUAGAUCAACAACAAGUAUGUUUUUUGUUAAUAACUUCCAGUGAUAGCAGUGUCGUCGACACUUCGAAUGUUCUUCGCAGGGAAGUACAGAGUCGUCCGAUCCAGCUUGUAAUAAAUAAUAAAAAAUUGUUCUUUGUAGUUUAAAAGGAAAGGUCAGAGUAUAUAUAUAUAUUUCUCUCUUUCUAUUUUUAGUUUGAGAAGUCUAUAUUGAUCGCCGACAAUCUCUUGCGAUGGUCGUAGAAAUUUAUUUAUUUCAUUACUGGAUAUUUAAUAUAAAAUCACAUGCCUUAUAAUUGGAUAAACAAUGUAUGAUAUAGAGUAUUGUAUUUAUCACUGUAGGGUGACAUCGUUAAACCACUGAUGCAAUUUAAUAUUGUACCCCAUAAUUAUAGGAUGUCUUAUUGUAAUUUCCUGUAAAGUAGCUCGUUGAAAUUAUUCUAUGUCACAUUACGAUAUUAUUAAUAAAAACAGAAAGAGUAUAAUUAA